AUGAAUAACUCACGUCACUAUAUGUCUCCAAAUGGAGUGUUAAAAAGUAAUAGUAAAUCAGUAUGUAGUGAUGGCAAGACAACUUUGCGAGAUGGUGUUCUACUAAGCUGUGCACAGAAGCGAUUAAAUACAAAUAUCAAUAAUGUUAAACAUGAAUUGAAUGAAUCAGAAUUAAUGAAAGAAUAUCCAGUGUUAUCGCCAUCUACAACUCGUUGCAAAUCGAAAUUGAAUCCUGUUAUUAAUGCCUGCUACACCCCCUCAUCCUUGUUUCGUAGUGCAAAUGCAUGCUCAACUCCAAUUAGUGUAAGAACUGUAAAGAAAUCUAAGCAAUGUCUUAUGAAUACCAGUCGAAAGAACAACGAUGGUGAAGCUCGUUUAAUUGUUGCUGUACGUGUUAGACCAUUGAACGCCAAGGAGUGUUUGCUUCCUUCAAUAUCAAAUGUAAUUGUGGUUAAUAGUCAUGAAGUAACAGUAAUGGUUGGCGCCAGUGCUGAUGCUUCUUCAGGUGUCAAUCACUCAUUUGCAUACGAUCAUAUUUUCUCCAGUUGCAAUCCCAAUUCGUCAGAUUAUGCGAAUCAAAAGGAAGUAUUUCUAAAAACAGCUCAACCAUUAAUUAUACGAGCCUUUGAAGGCUACAAUGCUUGUCUUUUUGCAUAUGGCCAAACAGGCUCUGGAAAAUCGUACAGUAUGAUGGGCAUUGAUACAUUCGGAAGCUUUGAUAAUUCAGAAAAUAGUGUUGAACUAAAUCCUGAUGCAGGAAUAAUUCCAAGAUUUUGUCAUGAACUAUUUCGGUACAUACAUAAUGGGAAAGACAAGUUUCAUGCUGAAGUCGAAGUUAGUUAUUUUGAAAUAUAUAAUGAAAAAAUUCAUGAUUUGCUUUGCGUUUCACAUGACAUGGAAAACAGCACAAACGGCAGACUUUUGGGUGGAACGCCUACUAAAAUUAAGAGAAAAGCCCUUAAAGUACGAGAACAUCCUAUAUGGGGUCCUUACGUUGUUGAUCUAAGUGUACAUCCAGUGGAUUCAUUUGAGGCUUUACGAAAUUGGUUAAUAGUGGGUAACUCACAGCGUGCUACUGCUGCUACUGGAUUGAAUGAUAAAAGCUCUCGUUCUCAUUCAAUAUUUAACAUUAUGCUUAAAAUAAGUCAUACAGAUUUAUCGGUCUUGGACGCCAAUGAAAGCAAGGAAUCCAAUCCAAUACAACAAUCUCGACGCAGUAAAAUAAGUCUUGUAGACUUAGCUGGCAGCGAACGUAUAAGUGGAUCGAGUAGUGAAAGAAUUCGGGAAGGUGUACACAUAAAUAAAAGUCUCCUUACAUUAGGAAAAGUUAUAUCUGCACUUUCUGAUGAUCGAAAUAGUAACAAUAGUUCAGUGUUUGUGCCAUACAGAGAAAGUGUUCUUACCUGGCUUUUAAGGGAAAAUCUUGGCGGUAAUUCAAAAACAGUUAUGUUAGCUACUAUAUCUCCUGCAAGUGUACACGUAGAUGAAACAUUAGCUACUCUGAGAUAUGCUUGUCAAGCUCGUCGCAUAGUGAACAGAGUAAAAGUAAAUGAAUCUGAGCAUGAUAAAGUGAUCAGAGAAUUAAAAUCUGAAGUUGAAAGGUUAAAAUCAUUGCACUAUGAAUAUGAACGGCAAAAGCGUCUUUCAGGUUGCACCAAAGCUACCCCCAGAACAAUUAUAAUUGACACUUCAAAUAUUAAUGAAACUGAACUAGAAAAUCUAAGAGAACAACUUUCUGAAAGAGAGAACGAACUUCAACGAGCACAAAAAUCAUGGAUGGAACGCUUAAAAGAGGCUGAUGAUUUAAGAAGAUCUGGACUACAUUUACUUAAGCGUAAAGGACUUGCAAUCGAACUAGAUAAAGAACAAAAACAUGCAUGCCUGAUAAAUUUAACAGAAGAUCCAAUGUUAACUGAAACUCUAUUUUAUAUUAUACCAACGGGAUGUGUGAAAAUUGGACGAACGAGAUCUACAUUAAGUGGUACUAAACCAGACAUAAUUCUUGAUGGACCACUUGUUGCUCAUAAUCAUUGUGUUAUAGAAAAUAUAAAUGGCGAACUUUAUGUUACCCCAGAAAAUGCAGAUUUUGAAACAUAUUUAAAUGGAGAAUUAGUCAAAUAUAAGAGACAAAUUUUUCAUGGUGAUCGUUUAGUAAUUGGAGGGUCUCAUUUCUUUCGAGUUUCUAAUCCCUUUUGCUCGCAGAAAGAAAAGAAAAAGAAGUUGGCUGACUUUUAUCAAGCAUAUCAGGAGGUACUAGAAACUCAAGAAGAAAAAUUACGACUUGAAUUAGAGGAAGAGAAACGAAUGGCACUCUCUCACAUUGAAACCAACCGUAUGGAGCAUGAACGAAAUGUCAAGGAACGCAUGGAUAAAAUAGAAUUAGAACAACUAAUGUUAAAUUGCAACAAAGAAAUUCUUGAAUCGGAGAAAAAAAUAAUUGACGAAAGAAAGAAGGAUCUAAAUUCUAUGCUCUUAAUUAAACCUACGCAAAUGAAUCAAUCAAAACUGUUCGACGAAAUUAAUAAUAUUAUGCAACAACCAAGUCAAGGAAGUUUACAUAAAGUUCAGCUGAUGGUUAAAGAAGCUACCCAACAUUGCCGCAAUCAGCGGUUAUUAUAUGAAUUUAAACAGUCGAAAGUAAUUGACGAAUUUGGAAUGAUUCAAACGAAAAUAUUAAUACUUGAUAAGGAAAAUGAACUAAAGGCAGAGUGGCCUAUUGCGCGACUUGAAGUUUGGCUUGAAAGCAUCCGAGAACAAGAAAAUUGGAAUUCUAAGAAUAUAUUCAAUUGUUUUGACAUUGAGUGGGAGAAAUCGGAUAUUAGUUUGAAUGAUAACGUUCAUGAUUCUAUGAAUGCCAGCCGAAUUAAUCUAAAUAUAAGUGCAUUUAAAGAAACUAUUUUGAACAAUUCCCAACAAACUAAUAAAUCAUCCAUUAACAUUAAUAAUAAACAUUUGGAUUUUGAAAACCUAGCAAAAAUACAUAUUCACGAAAUUCAAAGUUCCACUUCAAAAUUAAAAGACCUUUGUAAAACACAUGCAAACGACAACCAAUGUAUAUAUAGCAAAACAUCGCAAGUAAUAUCUGAAUCAAUUGAACGACUAGAAUAUACAUUAAAUAUUAUGCAAUCAUGUUUCGAUGAGAUACAUAUUGAAAAUACAAAAAGUGUUCGAUUCCUAAUGGAUUGAAAUAAUGUAAAAUAAAA